UAUUUGUAGUGGGAUGUGUGAGAGCCCCCACAUAGAGGGCUUCUAUUAUCGACAGUACCCAAGGAAGCACGCACACUCUCCCACUCUCAUGUCGCUGGAUGAGGGCUAUUACAUGGCUUGGUGAGUCUCGCCGAGAAUGGCAAAAACGUUCGUGGGCGCACAUCAAUCAAAAAUAUGACAGUACGGAGCGUGUUGUGCUGUCUGGUUGUGAAUUCGGCGAACUUUCGGUGAUUGAAGGACCGAGCUGCUCGGGGAAAACUGAGCUGCUGUACCAUUUGUGUGUGAAUGCAUUGACGCGUCGCGACGCGUCAAUGCGUCCGCAGAUAAUUUACGUUAUCUCAAGCGAAUGGGACUGGGAUGACGAAAGGUUGUGCAUGUUGCUGCAGGAACGAAUCAAAAAGAACUGUCAGAAAACUCAGACUAUGCAAAAGACAGACGUUCAAUCACUUGUUGGUACACGUGUCAUCGUUCGUCGACCUACAACUUUUGACGAGCUCUUGGAAUGUGUACCAACGGUUGAUGAAUUUCUUCACCAAUUCACCCAACGCGAUGCGUCGGUCGCCUACGUCAUGCUCGAUGGACUUUCGAGUUUCUACUGGGACCUUCGCUUGUGUCCGGGAUACACCAAACAGCUCGCCAUGUUGCAGCAGCGACUAUCUCAACUAUCACUUGCUCUUGGGUGCCCGGUGGUUUGUACCAAUUGGUUCCUUGGUGGGAAACCGCAUCUCCGAACAUUACGGUAUCGUUCCGUGAACUUAGAACGACGAACAAACGGCCAUGUUGUUGCUGAAUGCCGUGCUUCUGCUCGUCGCUGUACAUUUACUCUCAGCGAAUCAGGUAUCAUGCUCGACGAUAACGACGCAUAAAUAGCUCACAGCAAACAACUAAGAUAUCGUUUGUCGGUUCCGGAUUAAGCGAAUCUCAUUUUCAAGUUCGUUUGUCUUCUUGUAUGCUCACUUGCGAUUUACCGACUGUACCCCAUGAUUGCUUAUUAUUUGCUGACUGUCGUUUGAUAAAUACCAUUUUAAUCAUGUGUAUAUUUAAUUUCCGCUUUCUCACCCCGCUAGAGCAUUAGCUUUUUCAGUAACGA